CGACCUUGACCUGGCUGACGAUAUUGUUUUGCUCGCCCAAACACAACCGGACAUGCAGAGCAAACUCGACGACCUCACCGAAAGUUCCAAGGCAGCAGGUCUCAAAGUCAAUGUCGGAAAGACCAAGUCAAUGGAGAUCAACACAGGAAAUCCCUCCAGUUUCAUGGUAGCUGGGCAACAGGUUGAGAAAGUGGAGUGCUUCCAGUAUCUUGGUAGCCAGAUAACGCCUGAUGGUGGUACCAGGAAAGACAUCGAAACCCGGAUCAGAAAGGCCCGAUUUGCGUUUGCGAGUCUCCGAAACAUCUGGCGGUCACGCCAGAUCUCUCUACGAACAAAAAUCCGAAUCUUCAACUCAAACGUCAAAUCCGUAUUGCUGUACGGGUGCGAAACUUGGUGCACAUAUGCGGUGACGACGCGAAAACUGCAAGUAUUUGUAAACCGCUGCCUGCGGAACAUCAUCCGCGCUUGGUGGCCUGGCAACUGGAUCUCGAAUGAGGAACUACAUCGCCGGUGUCAUCAAAGGGCGCUAGAAAUCGAGAUUCGGGAACGAGUUUAACCCGCAGCAGUGUUCGUGUCAUAAUUCAGGGCUUUGCACUAUCACUUUUUCAU